AUGGCGGGGGUUCUGAAUGCUUUGGCAUCUUAUGUGACCAAGAUGCUCGCCGACAUGGCCAGAGACGAAGUGGCCAUGCUGACCGGGGUCUCCGAUAAGAUCGACGACCUGAGCAUCAAGCUCAGGGACCUGAACAACUUCCUUGCGGAAAUGCGGAUUCUGGAUGCUUUGGCAUCCUACGUGACCAGCAUUCUUGCCAAGAUGGCCAAAGAGGAGAAGCCUACCAAGACCAAAAGACCACUCCGUCUCCCGCCACUGAUCGACCGCAAAACAGAUUCACUGAUAGAGCGAUCCGGUGUGGUUGGAGAGAAGAUCGAGGAGGACACAAGGGCACUUGUGGAGGUGCUUACAAGGGAGGUGGUAGGUGACAAGAGUGGUCGCCUCAUCGUGGUCGCCAUUGUUGGUGUCGGAGGGAUUCGUAAGAUUACCCUCGGCAAGAAGGUCUUCAAUGAUGAGGCCAUCAAAGGCAAGUUUACUAAGAAGAUAUGGCUUAGCGUCACACAAGAUUUCACCGAUGUUGAGUUGUUAAGUACGACCAUCACUGCCAUUGGGGCAGAUCUGCCUAGAGGGGGUGGGGCUCAAGCCAAGGCCCUACUCAUCGAUGCUCUCAAGAACGCCAUCAAGGACAAGAAGUUCUUUCUUGUACUAGAUGACCUGUGGGAUGUCGAUGCAUGGAACAAACAUCUAAUGACUCCCUUUAGCUAUCGUGGCCCCGGUAGUAGAGUCCUCAUCACCACCAGACAUGACACUGUAGCCAGAAGCAUGAAAGCCUUUCAUCCGUACCAUCAUGUUGACAAAUUAGCUCCACAAGAUACUUGGUCAUUGCUCAAGAAGCAGGUACUCACAUCAGAGGAAAAUGAACCAGAAGUUGAUAUGCUAGAAGAUAUUGGGUUUCAGAUUGUAGCAAAAUGCGAUGGUUUACCACUUGCUAUAAAAGUUAAGGGUGGACUCUCAUGCAAGAAGGAGAAAACACGACGUGAUUGACAAGACGUCCUGAAUGAUGAUAUCUAGUCAGUAUCUGAAAUGUCAAAGGAACUAAAUUAUGCCAUAUAUCUUAGCUAUCGGGACUUAUCCCCGUACAUAAAACAGUGCUUCUUGCAUUUCUCCCUUAAACCAAAAAAGAUAGUGAUAAAUGGAACUGAAAUUGUGUCCAUGUGGGUUGGUGAAGGAUUGGUUGAAGGAGACACAUAUAGUCGUAGUGUGGAAGAAGGGAAAAAGUACUAUAAUGAUCUAAUAGUAAGGAACCUUAUAGAGGUAAUACAGAUUACCCUAGUCAACUUAUAUGCAACAUGCAUGAUGUUAUUCGCUCAUUUGCUCAAUUUGUGGCUAGGGAUGAAACACUAGUAGGUCACAAUGGAGAUACUAUCAAAACAAAUCUUAGAUCACCGAAUUAUCUUAGAUUAUCCAUAGAAACGAAACGAGUGGGAUCCGAUGAAUUUGAGUGGAGAUAUUUAAGAGAGCAAAAAUUGCUUAGGUCACUAAUAUUAACUGGAAACCUCAAAAGUCAGCCUGGGGAUUCGUUGACUAUCUUCCCAAGUCUACGUCUUCUGCAUAUAGAAUCUGCAAAUAUUGCUGCACUAGUUGAAUCUAUGUACCAACUCAAGCACUUGAGAUAUUUGGCAUUAAAGAGGACUGAUAUGUGUAGACUACCAGAGAACAUCCAUGAGAUGAAAUUCCUACAGCAUAUUAGCCUUGAAGGUUGUGAAAGUUUCAUGAAACUUCCUGAUAGCAUUAUCAAGCUGCAAGGGUUGAGAUUCCUUGCUAUUGAUGACACUCUUGUAAAUAGUAUUCCUAGGGGUUUCCGAGCUCUUACAAAUCUGAGGGUACUAUUUGGGUUUCCAGC